UCUGCGGGACUGUUUCAACAACAGCCAUUGAGGCGUUUUAGCCGACUGCAUUUCACGUGUCUUCCAGAAGAUACGAGUAUUCGAACAAAAAGUUUACUGAAUUUCUUCUCAUAAUCGAAACAAAGUCGUAAGGGACAGACAUGUCGGUCGUUGGAGUAGAUGUAGGUAGCCUCACGUGCUACACAGCUGUAGCUAGGACGGGGGGCAUUGAGACCAUAGCAAACGAGUACAGUGAUCGAUGCACGCCAGCUUAUGUGUCUUUGAAUGAGAAAACAAGGUCCAUUGGAACCUCUGCCAAAAAUCAGUGUAUCACAAAUGUGAAAAAUACAUUCUCCUGUUUUAAAAGAUUUAUUGGAAGACAGUAUGAUGAUCCCUUGGUGCAAAAAGAGUUGCAGGAUCAUCCAAAACCAUUUUUAGUUAAUAAGAGUCCAACAGGAGGCAUUGUAUUACAGGCUAGAUACAUGGGUGAGUUGCAAUCAUGGACUCCAGAACAAGUGACAGCCAUGUUGCUGACCAAGAUAAAAGAAACGGCAGAGAAUGCUCUAAAAACCAAAGUUGUUGACAUUGUUGUGUCUGUACCCAACUAUUUUACAGAUGUUGAGAGGAGAGCCAUGCUGGAUUCCUGCGAGAUCAGUGGAUUAAACUGUCUCAGACUUAUGAAUGAUUCCACUGCAGCUUCGCUGGCGUAUGGUAUAUACAAGCAAGACCUACCUGGAGAAAAUGAAAAACCAAGAAAUGUUGUCUUUUUGGACAUGGGAUAUUCAACCACACAGGUUGCAGCUGUGGCAUUUAAUAAGGGAAAACUAAAGAUGCUGGCAGUGGAAUCGGAUCCUUGUCUAGGAGGGAGAGAUUUUGAUAAAGUACUUGUGGAGUAUUUUGCUGAAGACUUCAAAACAAGAUACAAAGUUGAUGUUCAUACUAAUCCUAAGGCUUAUGUGAGAUUGACUCAAGAAUGUGAAAAACUGAAAAAGUUGAUGAGUGCAAAUUCAACAAACAUUCCUAUAAACAUUGAGUGUUUCAUGAAUGACAAGGAUGUGUCUGGGAAAAUGGAUAGGGCCAAAUUUGAAGAGCUGUCUGAACAGUUGUUGGCAAAAGCAAGAGCAUUAUUCACAAAAAUCAAGAAUGAAUGUAAAGACAUAUACUCUGUUGAAAUCGUGGGAGGUUCUUCGCGUAUCCCAGCAGUAAAGAACUUGGUGCAGGAAAUAUUUGGCAAGGAACCAAGCACAACUUUGAAUGCAGAUGAAGCUGUUGCACGUGGCUGUGCUCUGCAGUGUGCUAUCUUGUCUCCAACUUUCCGUGUUCGAGAUUUUAACAUCAUUGAUACACAGCCCUACCCCAUUACACUCUGUUGGCAAGGGGGAACAGAAAAUGAUUCGUCUUUGGAGGUAUUCCCAAGAUUUCAUCAAAUCCCAUUCUCAAAGAUGUUGACCUUCUACCGUAAGGAACCAUUCCAACUUGAGGCCAGAUAUACAUCACCAGAAAUUGUCCCACAUAAAGAGUCAUAUCUAGGGUGUUUUAAUAUACAAAAGGUCACACCUGCUGCAAAUGGGGAAAGUGCAAAAGUGAAGGUAAAAGUUCGAAUCAAUAAUCACGGAAUUUUCUCUGUAAUGUCAGCCACACAGACAGAACAACUGGAGGAUGAAGGAAAGGAGGAGGAAAGCAUGGAUGUUGAUGGAGAGAAAAAGACAGAAGCCCAAAUUAAUGGAGAGACACCAAUGCAGACCGACCAAUCGGGGGAAAACAAACCUGCUGAGAAAAAUGAAGGUGGAGAAGAGAAAAAGGAAGAGGGUAAAGAUGAAAAAGAUACCAAGAAAACAGUAAAGAAGAAGGUGAAGAAAACAGACCUUCCUGUAGAACAACUCGUUCCUCAACUGCCAGCGGGAGAGAUUCUCAAACUAGUGGAACGCGAGAAUGAAAUGAAGAUGCAGGAUAAGAUGGAGAAGGAACGUGGUGAUGCCAAAAAUGCCGUGGAGGAGUAUGUGUAUGAUAUGAGAGACAAGAUCAGAAGUGAAUAUGCCCCAUUCAUGAAAGAAGAGGAUGCAGAAAAGUUCCACAAGCAGUUAACAGACACAGAGGACUGGUUAUACGAUGAAGGAGAUGAUCAGAUGAAACAUGUCUAUGUAGAAAAACUGGAUGAAUUGAAUAAAAUUGGUAAGCCUGUGCAGGAUCGACACAGGGAACACACAGAGAGGCCGGCAGCGUUUGAGGAGUUGGCAAAAUCCAUCACACACACCCGCAAAUUUCUGGAUCUCGUAGCACAAAAGGAUGAAAAAUAUGAUCAUAUAGAUCCAGCUGACAUAGAAAAAGUAAAGAAAUGCUUGGGUGAAAAGACAGACUGGUAUGAAAAAAAUUUAAAUGCCCAGAACCAACUGAAACCAUACGAUAAACCUGCUGUGUUAGCCUCUCAAAUUUUGUCAACAAAGAAGACAUUAGACUCGAUGUGUCAUCCCAUCAUGAAUAAACCCAAACCAAAAGUAGAACCCCCAAAGGAGGAAAAGAAAGAAGAGAAAAAAGACGAUAAUAAAGACUCAGCCCCAGCAUCUGGGGAACAACAAACAAAUAAUUCCGCAGAGGGAGGGCCCAAACAGGAGAUGGAGGUGGAUUACUGUGAUAAGAAACCAAAAAUGGAAUAUGAAAAAGAGGGUCUCCUCCAUGAGAUGUUUGUCAGGCAGGCUGAAAGUACACCUGACAAAAUCGCCAUUGUUGAAGCUGGUGGAAGACAAAUUACUUUUCGAGAUCUACAUGGAGAUUCUAACACCCUGGCCAAAUCUUUAAGAGGAAAAGGUGUCAAGCAUGACUCCUGUGUUGGAAUAUACCUCAACAAAAGCAUUGAGUUUUCUAUUACCUAUAUUGCUAUUUUGAAAGCUGGUGGCGCCUAUUUACCUCUGGAUGUGUCCUACCCAGCUUCAUUAAUGGGUUCCGUUCUUAAUGAUGCUGAACCAGUGGCUGUUGUUACCUCCACUGAUCUGGUCAGCCACAUUGAAGGUGUGAAAAAUGUCAUUGUACUAGAUGAAGGCUGGCAGAAGAGACAAGAAGAAGAAAAUAAAAAUAAGGAAUUCCCAAAUUUGGAUUUGACUUUGGACAAUCUUGCAUAUAUUGUAUACUCAUCUGGAACUACUGGCCGUCCUAAAGGUAUCAUGUGUCCACAUAGAGGAGCUGUAUUUUCCUAUCAUCACAGACAUGUGACAUUCCCAUAUGAAACAGAGGACAGAGAAGCGUCUAAUAUCUUCUUCACCUGGGAAAUGUUACGACCCCUCCUGAAAGGAAUUCCGAUGUAUAUUAUUCCAAACACAGUAAUCUAUGAUCCACCCCUCUUGUGUCAGUUCAUUAAGGAUCAUGCCAUCACUCGGAUGUUGUUCACCCCCUCUCUUCUGGAAGCCAUUCUAAACUCACCAGGACUUCAACUCAAGGAUAUGUUCAAGUCAUUCAAACAGAUUUGGUUCUGUGGAGAAGUUGUCACCACUGCUUUGAUGCAGAGAUGUAUCAGUUUGUUACCCUGGAUCAGAUUCAUCAAUCUCUACAGUAUAUCAGAGAGUCAUGAUGUCGCGUGUGAAGAUCUAUCACAGUAUUUCAAAGAACAUAAGGAUGACUUGAAGACCCGAAAAUUUUGUCCAGCGGGACGGGUCCUACCUGGUGUCAAUAUUGUCAUCAUGAAUGAGGAGGGAAACCCCCAACCAGUGGGGUCAUCUGGGGAGAUUUAUGUUGGUGGACCCACUUUAGCCAGAGGUUACCUGAAAAGGCCUGAGAUGACAGCCAGUAGAUUUAUCAAGAGACCAGAAGGGGUACCAGCAUCCUGUGGGGACAGGCUUUAUAAAACUGGGGACUGGGGCUACAUGUUGUCUGAUGGCAGACUGGAAAUAUGUGGCAGAUGUGACUCAAUGGUGAAAAUCAGAGGAUACUCAAUAGAAGUACAGGCUGUUGAAGCAGCCCUGAUGGAGCUCCCUAUGGUCAAUGCUGCUGUGGUCCUUGUCAAGGGAGCAGAAGGGGAGGACAAAUUUCUGGCGUCCUAUAUUGUACCUGAAGGUCAGACAACUAAGAAAGAGGUCCGGACUGCCCUCAAACAAAGACUUCCAUUCUAUAUGAUUCCUUCUUACCUAAUUUUUCUGUCCAGUAUUCCAAUAGUUCGAGCCACAGGAAAAUUAGACAAGAGUGCAUUACCUCCCUUUGAUAAGCUGCCAGAGGAAGACACUGAUGGUGGAACGUUACCAUCAACAGAGACGGAGAAGACUGUGGCAGCAAUGUGGACAAAGGUUCUCAAGAUCAGACAUGUUGACACUGAAGAAAGCUUCUUUGAUCUUGGAGGACACUCCCUCCUUGCCACAGAGCUACUGAAUCACAUCAGAGAAAAAUAUGACAUCGACAUCGCAGUGAAGGACUUGUUUUUAUUCCCUACAAUCUCUACUAUCAGUAAACUUAUUGAUACAAAGUUAAACAAAUCUGAAGACAUUAAAGUUGUGCCUUCUCAGGAUGUGAAUCUUGUGAAUGAAGUUCAAGUUCACAACCAAGUUAAAGUCAAUAUAGAUAUGCAGUUAAGAGCCUUUUGGAGAAUUUUUAAUUUGGACAAUAAAAAAAGAUUUAGGAAAGCUCGAGUUCUCCUAACUGGUGCCACAGGGUUUCUGGGAGCCUUUCUUCUGAAGGAACUUCUACUGCAGACAAAGUGUUCCAUCACCUGUUUGGUUCGAGAGAUGCCUGGUCAGUCAGGCCAGGAGAGGGUGGAGAAUACCCUCACACAGUACGGAAUACUGGCCUCCACAGCUACCCCCACUGAGGAGCAGGCAGGGCUAGCCAAGCUGUUCCAGAGUAACGUUCACAUUGUUCAAGGAGAGGUAGCCCUGGUCAAUCUGGGUAUGAAUGAUGAUGACUAUAACUAUAUGUGUACAGACACAGACUUCAUCAUCCAUGCAGCUGCUGCAGUAAACCUAGUGUAUCCUUACGGUGCUCUACAUGGAGCUAAUGUGAGAGGCACAGCCAAUGUCAUUCAGUUUGCUUGCACUGGGAAAAUUAAACCCAUCCAUUACAUUAGUACAGAUGCUGUGUUUCCCAAUGGAAUGAAAAAUUGUGAAGAGGAAGCUGAUAUAUCAGACCUCAGUGACCAACUGACUGAUGGCUACUCACAGUCUAAGUGGGUGGCAGAACAGAUUGUUACUGGUGCCAGAAAAAGGGGGAUUCCUGCUGCCAUUUAUAGACUAGGUAACAUGAGCGGAGACAGACAAGGUGCCCAUUGGAAUCCACAGGACUUUACCCUGAUGAUCCUACAGGCCUGUGUAGGAUUAGGAGUUGCUCCUAUUGUGGACUGGGAAAUGGAGAUGACUCCAGUAGAUUUUGCUGCAGAGUUUAUUGUCAGAAUGACUUACAACCUGUCACUUUCUCUUGGAAAAACAUUCCAUGUUAUCAACAACAAGCCACUGCAGUCAAGGUGGGUCUUUGAAUGGAUGAAUGCACAUGGUUAUCCUAUCCAGCUCAUCAAGUUUGAAGACUGGAAAGAUAGAAUGUUACAUGAAAAUGGGAACACAUCGAAAAUCAGUAAGAAUUUGCAGAGAAUAGUAGAAUCUUAUGCAAGUAAUUCAGACUUUUUCUCAAGACUGAGCACCUACAAAACAGAGAACUUUGACCAGGCUCUGAAAUCCUUAGAUCUGGCGUAUCCUUACACAGACAAUAACUUGCUUAGUCAUUACUUCCAACAGCUGACAAGGAGAAAGAUUAUUACACCAUUAGUUUCCAAAACUGCAAUGAGAGGUAAGAGACUGAGUGGUAAAAUUGCUAUAGUAACUGGAGCCUCCAGUGGUAUAGGAGAAGCCAUUGCCAAGGGCUUGGCCUCGGAGGGGGCUAAGGUUGCCAUAGCAGCACGGAGGAUUGAUCGGCUAGAAAAACUCCAGAAACAAAUUGAAGAAGAAGGAGGGAUAGCAGUCUGUAUUAAAACAGAUGUCAUUGUGAGAGAUGAGGUAAAAGAACUAGUCAGACACACAGAAUCUGUCCUGGGACCAGUGGACAUUUUGGUCAACAAUGCUGGUGUCAUGUACUAUACCAUGAUGAAGAACCUGAAUGAAGAUCAGUGGGAAAGACAGAUUGAUAUCAACUGUAAGGGAUUAACAAAUUGUAUUGGUGGUGUGUUGGAUGGAAUGUUAAAAAGGAAAUCUGGUCAUAUAAUCAACCUUUCCUCUGAUGCAGGGAGAAAGGGAUUUCCAGGAUUGGCUGUGUACUCAGGAACUAAAUUUUAUGUAGAAGGUCUGUCACAGGCACUUAGACAGGAAGUGUGUGGGAGUGGAAUCAGAGUCACGUGUAUACAACCCGGGGACGUUAAAACAGAACUCUUAGUUCAUACAACUGACACUGAGGCAAAAGAAGCAUAUGAUGGAAGCAGUAAUUGUAAGAUCCUGGAGCCCUCUGACAUUGCCAAUGCUGUGAUUUAUGCUACUACUCAACCAGAGUACGUAGGAGUGAACGAGAUUCUGAUAGAACCAAGAGAAGCACCAGCCUAGAAGAUCAGUCUCUUGGCACAUAGCUUAUACAAUAGUCUUUCAAGUUAAUGAACUGUGAAAACCAAGUUGACUUAUAAAAAACUUAGUCUAAAAUGCAAUAUUGUUUACUGUUAUAUAAUAAAUUUCACUCAAUGUUAACAUUUCUGUAUAUGUUAUAUUCCUUGAUAUUAAACUUGACCAAAACAUGUCUUUUCUACAUGAAUACCAAAAUGAAUUAAAACUCAGAAUCAACA